AUUACUUUUAAUUGAUCAUGUUUUUUUCUUAGAUUUUUUUUCUUCCUGAAAAGUAACUAAAGCUGUCGGGUAAAUGUAGUGGAGUAAAAAGGACAAUAUUUGCCUCAAAAUGUUUGUGGACGAGAAAUAUAAAGUCACAUAAAAUGGAAAUACUCAGUACAGUACUUUAGUAAAUGUACUUAGUAGUUUAAAGUAUUCCCUCGUGUGCAGUGGUGGAAUGUAACUGAGUAAAGAACAAACACUUUUAAUUUUAAUCAACUUUUUCUUUCUAGGAGAACUUUUGCCUGAUUCUUGUUUUGCAACCGGUAUCAUUUUAGAUAUUAUAGCUUGUUUUGUGCCAGCUGUGGCCCCUGCUUCUUUGUGAAAUGUCAGAUAAUAUCCACAACAGAAAAAGACCCAUAUUUAGUGUCUUUGUUUUUACACAGCUGCUGUGGGGGAGGCGAGCAGAAGAAGAUUGAGUCACAGCUCCACUCACUUCAACAGCGGAUGUGUUUUACUUUUCAUUUCUCUCAUCGCUGCUCUCUCAUUUCCCUUCUCUACUUAACUUCGGGGUACUGAUAGGUGCCAAAAUAUUUAAUCUCUGUGUCUGUUUAAUCUCUAAUCAAUACAGACUUUAGUUAAUGGCAUUUACUGUCUCCAGUUCAGCAGAUUAUAAUAAUAACAGAUGGUUUCUGGAGUUUAGUUGGGUUUUUUUGUCCACACCGUCUUCAAAAGCGACAGCCUGCAUCCGCCCGUUAAAGAUUGAGAAAACUGACAAGAAAGUAGAUUUCCCUCCUCAACUCUGAGAGGUCUGAUCUGUUUGGACAGAAUGAUGGCCGCCAUUAGAGAGAAGGACCAACACAUGAGCACGCUGCAGAGACUGAGCGGGAGAGAGACCAGCUGAGGGGGCAUAAGGAAAUAAGACGGUAUGUGUAGCGUGUAUGCAGCUCGCUGCUGGAGAACGGCUGACUACACAUACCUGAUCCACAUGAGAGACGUUUAAGGACUCUGAAAAGGAAGACAUUACAGGUCAGUUCAAGCUGAAUGACCACUGAAACAUCCAGGAAUGGAGGCUAUUAAUCACCUGGUAUAGAAACUAAUACAUGAACACGGAAGUAAAGCACACACAGAUGAGUGAUCCCUGUCUUCGACUACCCUAUGAACCCUGAUUGACAGGUCCCAGAGAAACCACCUUUAAGACUUUUUCGACAGAACAACAAACAUCUAGAGGAGUGAGACUGUCAGACGCAACCAUGAACGGCGUGGAAGAGAUGUCAAUAAAGUGUGUCCUGGUCGGGGACAGUGCUGUGGGCAAGACGGCGCUGCUGGUCCGCUUCACGUCGGAGACCUUCCCGGACACCUACAAGCCCACAGUGUUUGAAAACACAGGCGUGGAGGUGUACAUGGACGGGGUUCAGAUCAGCCUGGGGCUGUGGGACACGGCUGGCAAUGACAACUUUAGACAAAUACGGCCGAGGUCUUACCAGCAUGCCGACGUCGUCCUCAUCUGCUACUCUGUGGCCAACCCUAACUCGCUGGCCAACGUCCAGCGCAAGUGGAUUGCUGAGGUUCGAGAGAACUUGCCCAGGGUGCCGGUGCUGCUUGUGGCCACCCAGACAGAUCUGCGGGAGAUGGGGGCGUAUCGGGGCAGUUGCAUCACAGCAGCGGAUGGGAGACGUGUGGCUCAAGAAGUCAGCGCUAAAGGCUACCUGGAGUGCUCCUCCUUAAGCAACCGUGGCGUGCAACAGGUGUUUGAGUAUGCAGUGCGGACGGCCGUCAACCAGGCCAAGAAACAGGCCAGGAGACGGAUGUUCAGCAUAAACCAGUGCAAGGUCUUUUGACAUUUGACCUUGACUUGGUGUGACUUUUUCAAUAACGCGUUUUUGCGUGCUAUUCAAACUUAGUGAGGGCUUGUAGAUGUACAUUAACAUAAAGCUCUGCUUCUCUUACACGGAGGGCUGAUCUUCACUAACAGGGUGUCCUACCCCCUCAAAGACUUCCCUAAAUUCAAAUUAUAUUUAAAAAAGAAAAUACUUUUCAUGUACAUAGGUGGAAGUACGACUCGUGUCAUCCAGGGAGAGACAUGAAGAAAAGAGAUAAUCUUUGACUCUUCUGAUCUGUUGGUGAAGUGAACCACAGCACGUCACAUGGAGGUAUUUCAAAUGGGGCAUCAGAGAAUCUUUGUGUUUCAGAAAUACUUCAUUAAGAACUUUUGCUGUGAAAGGCUCACUUGAAUUAUAGCAUGUAAAGCUGAAAUGUCGACACAGUACGCCGUUUCUCAGAGGAGAGUGCCUUAACUUCUGAAUUGAAUACUUCUUAAUGUACUUAUUGUUAAAUCUUAAAUAAUUGUGAGUGCAUGUCGACAUAAACUAAAACUCUUUUGGAUAAGAAAAUGUGAGUUUUGGUUUAGUUUAGCCCAGUUGGUUGAUAUUUGGUGCAUCUGGCUCUUUUCAUAACAUACUGUUAUUAUUUCUCCAAAUAGAAUAAUAUUUCAUUAGACGUGACCAGGAAAUAAACUGUCAAUAGUUGGAAACAGGCUAAAUGUUUCUUAAGGUUAUAUUUUUAUGUCUGUCAAAUAUAUUUAAAAGAUACCUGUAUUUGUAUUU